AGACUAUUUAUACCCCAGAUAGCAAUUUUCUUUGUCGUCAUUUUAACGUCAAAAUAACAUCUUUCACAACAUUUUGAUUUUAAAAUGAUUACAAAUAACAUUAGCUUGCUACCUCGAAUUUUACGUGUUAACGCACAAAUCUGAUUGCAAUCAAUCAUCGAACGACGAGCUCCCGGCGAUCAUCCUUAAAAAAAAUAUUAAAACCGGCGAUUUAUUGUCACGAGACAACAAUUAUUGUUCAUUGACAACACUUUCUUGAAUGGAAUUGGCCUAGGUGUGUGUGUGUGUGUAUGUAUGUGUGGGGGAGGUGGGUGUAUGUGCGGCAUACAGAACACGACCUAUCCUGCCGUCGAUAAAAUCCCUUGAUAGUGGCGGCCGGUGGCAGUCCAACGUCGGCCGUCGCUGCGAACGGAUAUGUUGUCGUCGCCGCCGUUUGCCCGUCGUUUCUCGUUCGCCACGCGGAUAAACGAUCGGGAAUCGGGAAGGAGCGCGACAAAUCUUUCGCCGUGAAUGUAAACUUUUGCGGGCGCGGUUUCGCUGGACCACGCCGUGGUUUUUCCGCGCGCGAUCUUCGACGAUCGAUCUUUAAAUUUCUGAAACGAUCUCCGACGAAAAAAGAAAAAAAUAAAUAAAUAAACAAGACAGUGGUGGCCGAUUGAACGCGUCGCACGUGCGUGCGAUGACGUGUGAUUUGACAGCGCCUCUCCGUUCGACGUCUCGUCAGCUUUCUAAAUUGGUAUUCCCUUCCGUCGCGCGUGAUCGAGAAGAUCCGAGUAGAUCGAGAGCGCGAAGCUAAUCGGCGCGGAGACUCUUCGUGGCUCUGCCAAAAGUCUCCCAGCGGGGAAAAAAAGUGUUUUGCGAAGAUCGAAGCGCGCGCACUUGACCGUGAUUCGCGUCCGCUCUAUAUUGUAAUACCGCGAGCGAUAUUUUAUUCCGCGUGUCUCGACGCGUCUCCGGUUAUCUCCGCGAGCGAUAAACCGAAGGCUUUCGGCCGACCUGCGCGUACUGCACUGGAUGUUGCAUAUGCAACAAAAGGCGCGCGAUGCACGCCGACGACAGUGGCCGACGUCGUUUAUCUCGGGCGCGUUAACGCACUUCGCGUAGUAGUGCGCUGCUCGCCGCCCGCGGCGACGCACACGGGCGGAUAGGGGUGCUCUGGCGGAAAAAAGCGAUCGAUGGCGUCGAUCUCUCGACGCGACCGCGAUCGACGGAUCGAAUGACCGGCUGAUUGACUGACUGACUGACUAUCUGGCUGGUUAGCGGAGCGAUCGGGCGCGCCGCGCCACUCGCGUCCGGUUUCUACGAAGAUACAAGAGUCUGGAUGCUGUGCUGUAACCGGAGCUGAAAGCCACGCACGCCGCCGGUUCUGUAAAGAGGCAGAGUUACAGCGUGGUAGCAGAGUAACAAGGGUAUCGCGUCGAUUCCUUCUCGGCGACAACAACCGAGAUAUCGCGCCCGCAGUGUCUCUUUCCCCCGAUUAACGAGCGGCAUCCAAAAAGCUCUCCGAGAGCGACCAAGCGAAGCUGACCGACUAACUGUGCGGGAUAAACGCGUUCUCAUUUGCGAAACGUUCGCAUCCGCGCGAGGUACGCGAUUUGGCAACAUUAUUGGCGAAGCGGGAAAUCAAUGGUGAUGAUACGACUGGCGACUUCUCUCCCCCCCUUCCAAUUAUAAACUCGAGAGAGAGAGAGAGAGAGAGAGAGAGAGAGACGGGAUACGGCUAAAGGGCCGGAAGAAGAUGCGCUAAUUAACUGUAACUGUCGGUUCUAGUGCCGCCUCGUGGAAAUCGCGACUCCGCCGAGUGACGCUACCGUUCGGUGGGCGGAAUGAACGCGAGGACGGAAUAAAUCAUCGAGAAGUGCGUGUCCGUGGGAUGCAUUACGCGGCAUUACCUCGAGAGGAUCUCCGUCGUCAAGCCAGGAUCGAUCCGGUGAAAUGAUGCGAUCGAAACGCAUCAAGAAGGCGGCGCUGUUCAGAUUGCUCAGGUACAGACAGUGCGCCAGAUGCCGGAAGAUAACUUAGCGCACAAUUCGGGAGUAUUCGGAGCGAUCGGUCGACUCGGACAAUAGGAGCGCGCCAUACAUACGAGAGCACACGAGACUGAUCGCCAUCGCGGCAAUGAUCGACGAGCGUAAUUUCACUUCGCUGGCUGUGAUUUUUACUCCCAGACUCCCCGACUCCAGAGGCUUAGCGCGUCGUGAAAGUCGCUAAGACUGAGUAGACCAGAGUAGACCCAGUGACCUCAUCGAGGAACACGUGAGACCUGAAACAUCAUCCUGCGACGGAAACGUUAAUGGAUCUACAGAUCGUGUGACAAUACGGAGAAGAUCGACGAUGUUGACAGACGAUUAAAGCAAUUUCAUCGAAACGGCUUUCGUCAAGGACCGUCUUCGACCUCCCGCGCAUUGCAUCAGCGAACUAUUACCGCGCGCGAUAGUGUUGAAGUAUUCACAUUCGUAGAAUUGCACGUUUCAUUCUAUCGAAUAGAGUAUCAAGUCUAGCCACGUAGAAUUCGGAACGAGGAGGACGCUUACACGUACUUGAGGAAGUUUCGUGGAAAUUCGCGUUGAAGAGACGCGAACGGAGACACGAUCGACCGACGACGUAGAUCGUUCACUCGAAAUUCGUGACGGAGGGAAAAUGGAAACAGUGACGGUAAAUGAGCCGCAAACAUUCGAAACACAAACUCGAUCGCAGCUCGCUAAAUUCGAUACCCUCGGCGCUGUCUAAAGCAACAUCGUUUAAAGGCCGCGUAACGUCAGACAACAACCGAAGUGCAAUGCGAACGACUGUGUGCACGCGGAGAGUGUUAUCGAUUAUACGGGAAUAACGUUUUGCCGGGAAUAACACCAUGCCGUGUUUGCAACCGCGAAACUAAAGCGCCGGAUUGACUAGCGGGCAGUGUAUGAUCAAAUGUAUCGGCGAGCGUACAUAACGUGCGGCAUUAACAAAUCCAUCCGACCGUAUAAUUGUGAAAAUAUUGACGGAAAUUACAAAUAAUUUCCAAUAAACGAGGAAGAGAAAAAAACGCUGACGUAACGAUUAACGCUACACCGAUGACGUAGGAGCAAGAGUAAUUAAUUCGGCAAAAUUUCACCGUCGUUUCUAAGAGAGUCCAGUGACAGACUUGAGAAUAAUUCAGAAACGGACUGCAAUUCCCCUGUUUAUCUUCUGUGUAACGCUGUCUUUUUUGAUCGUUGAAGUUAUAAUAAGAAAAGUUGUAUAACAUAAAUUACGUAGCGUAACGUCUUGGCAAAUACUCGCGUAAGGUAUAAAUUAAUCGAGAAAUAAUUAAUUAAAAAAUCAAACGUAACUAGUCGAUAAAUUAAUACACGAAAGAAGUGUGAUUGCUCUCGGGUUCAAGGACCAUCGGUAAACAUCGAGCUUCUUCAAGUUCUAGUCCUGCCGAGUCGAGUGAAUCGAUCGGCUGCAGUCGUAAAGUCUUCGGUUGUUAUUUCUGAUAGUGCGAGAGGAUUGUGGUGCUCUGUGUGAAAACUGCAAAGAUCACAAUCCGUACGACCGUUCUGAGUACCGUUACAUUUAAGUGUCACCGCGGAAGAAGAGCUUCAAUAUCUCGUUAUGAUCGCUCGAGAUGCCUCGCGCGUCCUACCGCAUCUCCCGUCGUCGUCAUCGUGCCCGAUAUCCUCUGGAGUCCUUCGACAGGAUCGCAUGGGCGUACCCGAGGACCGCGAGAGUUAAUUAAAAUGCGAGAGCUGAACGCCACCGCAUGCGCUGCUUUGUACGACGGCGUCGAGUGGUCAAGCCUGUGGAACGUGAUUACCUUAAUCGUCUUGGCGAUCGUCGAUGUCAUGGUGGUGAUAGGUAACGUCCUGGUCAUUCUGGCCGUUUAUUGCACCAGCAAGCUGAGGAACGUAACGAAUAUGUUCAUCGUGAGCCUGGCGGUCGCCGAUCUGAUGGUCGGCGUCGCUGUCCUGCCAUUCAGCGCGACCUGGGAGGUCUAUAAGGUUUGGAUAUACGGUAACCUCUGGUGCUCCGUGUGGCUGGCGGUCGACGUUUGGAUGUGCACAGCGUCGAUAUUGAAUUUAUGCGCCAUCAGCUUGGAUAGGUACUUGGCUGUGACCAGGCCAGUCAGUUAUCCUCAGCUUAUGUCGACGAAGAGGGCUAGACUGCUGGUUGCCACCGUUUGGGUUUCGAGCUUCGUUAUCUGUUUUCCGCCUCUAGUGGGCUGGAAGGACAAACGGUCGCACACCACGUACAAUGACACGUUUCCCCUCUACGGCCCGUCCAACACCACCACUAUACUCGUGCCGAUGAAGCCGUGCCCAUGGAUCUGCGAGCUGACCAACGACGCCGGCUACGUCGUUUACAGCGCCCUAGGCUCCUUCUACAUACCGAUGCUGGUGAUGCUAUUUUUUUAUUGGCGAAUCUACCUCGCUGCGGUUUCCACGACGAAGGCCAUUAAUCAAGGUUUUCGAACAACAAAAGCCUCGAAAAUGUUUGGCACCAGGUUCGACGAACAAAGACUGACCUUACGAAUACACCGUGGCCGCGGUAGCGUCCACAACGGCAGCAACAACGGCAACUCGAGGAGCCCGGACUCGAGCAGCCGCAGCUCCGUCAAGCGGGAGAAGAUCAAGAUCUCGGUCUCCUAUCCCAGCACCGAGACGCUCAACACGAAGUGCAACACCCUCGAGAGAACGCCGUCGAGAUGUUCGCAAAUGUCGGUUCAUUAUAGCAACGGGCAGACGCAGACGCAGCUUUGUCCGACCUCGCGAAACACGCACCUUAAGGUCGGUGGUGUCAAUAGGGUCGGCAGCAGCAAAAGACCGAGCAGACGGAGCAGCUGUGAGAGUCAGGUGACCGGCGACGAGUUGUCGCUGCGCGAGAUGACGCCGAGCAACGAGGAGAAGCCGCGAGUGAUGAAGCUGGGCAAGAGAAACAUAAAAGCCCAAGUGAAGAGAUUUCGCAUGGAGACGAAGGCGGCGAAGACCCUGGGCAUCAUCGUUGGCGGCUUCAUAUUGUGCUGGCUGCCCUUUUUCACCAUGUAUCUAGUGCGCGCAUUCUACCCGAAUCACAUCCAUCCAACCGUCUUCAGCGUGCUAUUUUGGCUAGGAUAUUGCAAUUCCGCGAUAAAUCCGUGUAUCUACGCCCUCUUCAGCAAGGACUUCCGCUUCGCUUUCAAGAGAAUCAUCUGUUGCAAGUGCUCCUGCAUACAACGCGCCAACACCCUGCGACGUGGCAGUGACGGCAGCCAACUGGCAAUGAGGAACGAGCGAAGCCCGAGCUACUCGAUUCGCAUGGCACAGCACGGGACCUCCAUCGACGACUCGGAUCCGGAUCCGUCGUUGGAGGCGACCCACUCGCAGAGCGAGUCCAGAUGAUUGUAGCGACACGUCCGAGCUGGCACGCAGCGCGUCACCUUCAAUCCGCGAUCCUCCAAAGCGAGGAUAUUUUCCUUCUGAUGACGGCGGUGCUCCGAUGAGGACCGCGCACGAUAACGUCCUCGCGGCCUCCUCGACGCUUGGUGUGCCAACGUAAAUCAGUUUCAUCAUUCUGCCAUCAGACUGACGUUGCGUCAGCGUUUCGCGUAAAUGAGACAUUCGGCGAAGCUGGAAAUGCCCGGACUCUAUCUCCGUCUCGCCGCGAAUGCACGAAAUCGGUAACAGGCGGGUAACAAGCGACAAGUAACGUGCCACUUGCCUAACUUGUCUCGUUACUCUCUGUCGUUGAAAAGAAAAAAAAAAAAUAACCCCCGACUGCUCGGCUUGUCCACGUAAUCUCGCUACAACGGUGGCUUUACGCCAGGUCAACAGGGUAGUUGUAAAAGUCGGGUAGUUUCUCGAGUGAGGUGAGCAAAUAAUUUGUUCGCUUGAUCUACUUCCCCACUAAAUCGCGUGAUCUCGCUGUAACGAGUUUGCACGAAGCGGGGGCGGUACGGUAAAUCAAGUAGCGGACUGCUCUCCUCGCUCUCCUGUCAUCUAUCGUUGCUGGAAGAAGAAAAAGAAAA